CAUAUUGUGUCGCAGUAUCCAUGGUGCUCGACAUUUUGGUGUUUAUUUCAUAUUUAGCUUGAAAAAAUUUGCCAAAUACAUCGAUAUUCUUAUUUAUCUUGAGGUUAAUUUAAAAAAAGAUGUAAUUCUUACUCGUUAAAGGUUAAAACUAGCUGAAACCAUUGGUUUUUUGGUGUUGAAAAUUGAAGAAGAAAUUAGUUCCAACAUCUUGCAACCGCCAUGAGUGAACAACUGAAGUACAUAGUAGACGAGCUGAACAAGGAGCCUUUCAAGAAGAAUUAUAACCUCAUAAGUUUUGACUCCCUUCAGCCCUUGCAGUUACUACAAGUUCUGAAUGAUGUCUUUGCAGAGAUUAAUCCUCAGCACAAAAUUGAUCUUCGGGAUGAAGAGCCUGAACAAAUGGCAAAAAGAAUGUUCACAUUCUUGAGAAUUCUCAAAUUCAAGCCAAAGACAGAUUCAGGAAGUUUGAAUUCUUUUAGAAAUGGGCUUAUCCAGGGUGACAAGUUGGUUGUGUACCCUAUUCUUCAUUGGCUGUUUGAAAACCUGGCAGAAUUAAAGACAAGAGCUUAUCUGGCAAGAUAUCUGGUGAAGCUGGAGGUACCUCCAGAUCAGCUGGGUGAUCAGGAGUUAAAUGACCUGAAUGUGAAUUAUUUAGACCUGAUGGAGCAGUUUAAAGAGUUACACAAGACAGUUGAACAGCUCAGGACAUCUGGACUAUCAACAGGGGAGAUUAAAAAGGACAUAGUUAACAUGGAAGAUGAAAAGGAACAACUACAGAAAAGAAUUGAUAGAAUGCAGAAGAAGGUUGAGAAUGUUCGGAACUAUGAGAAGAUGUUGCAAGCAGCUCGGAACUUGCGUGUUGAGAGAGAAAAAGAGCACGCUCUUGGUCAGCAAAAAUUGGAACAGAAGAAUCAGUACCUCCACUCAGACCAGCGUUACCAGCGUAUGCUACAGCAGCUCAAGGACAUGAGGGCUCAGGGUGUCGGCACAACUGGGGCAGACCUUAUAAAGAGACUAGAGGAAGAAAACAAAGUCAACGUAUAUCUCUGCCAGGAAAAACUACCAAAGGAGCUGGAAGGGAAAAAGAAGUAUGCACAAGAUCUGCAGAAAGUAGCUGAUGAACCAGCUAUGGGCCAGACUGAUGUUGAUGAGCUUAACAAACGGAUCAAGCAACUCUCGGCAGAGAUCAAUACACUGAUUGAAAAGAGAAUGGUGCGGAAUGACCCUAUUGAUGACAAGCUCUCACUUUUCAGACAGCAGGCCUCAAUCAUUGGACGUAAGAAAGAAGCAGCUGCAGAGAAACUCCAAGAAGCCAUGGAUGAGGUGACCAAUGCAGAAAGUGACUUGCAGAAAAAGAAAGAGUUAUUAAAGGAAAGUGAAGGGUCUGAAGUGUUGAAAGGCGAUGAGUUCAAAAGGUAUGUUAACAAGCUGAGGGGUAAGAGCACCGUGUACAAAAAGAAAAGGCAAGAGUUGGCGGAGCUUCGUGCAGAGUAUGGUGUGCUGGCCAGGACAGAGGAAAUCUUGCAAGGAAAAGAUGAGUCAUUUCAACAGCAGUUGUCUAAUUUAGAAAGCAAAAAGGGUGUGUCUGGCUUCCAUGAGACUCAAGAGGAACUGGAAAAGGUUUCCGCCAAGAAAAGCGAACUCGAUGAACAGAAGGGGAAGACACUGGAGGACAUCUCUGAACUGGUUCGACAACUGAAUGGAACAAUUGCUGAUAAAAAGAGUGCCCUGGCUCCAGUCAUCAAGGAACUGAGACCAAUGAGACAGAAAUGCCAGGAAAUGACUGGAGAGUAUGAAGAAAAGAAAGCAGCUUACGAGAACUUAGCAGCAGGACUGGAGAGCAACAUGUCUAAACUGGAACAGGAAGUGCGCGGCCUUCGUGAGGAGCUGACGCACGAGGAAGGGCGAUAUCAUUAUUUGCACUGCAUGCUGAAGGUACUCGAGGUACAACAGAAGCGAAUUGAUGAUGAGCUGAAGGCCUAUCGUUCCGCGGAUACAGCGGAUCGUAAGAAAUCUUUCAGGGAGCAGUUCACUAAAAAGAUUCAAGAACAGGAGAACUUGGGAAAGAGUCUGCGUGAUAAACAAAAGACUGUUCGAGAGAGCCAGGCGCCAAAUAUGAAACAGAUGAAGAUGUGGAGUGACCUUGCCAAAUUACUGGAGUGCAAGCGAAACUGUAUGGUGAAACAGCAACAGGAAGCACAAAACGGGGACUUAACCAUGACACAACAAGGCCAGGAUGGGGAAAACGUAUUGGUUCUUUAAGAAACAGAAAGUCUGCUUCGUCACUCACUGUGCCUCCGACAACACAACUCUUUCCGCGUUUGUUAACUACUCUAGCACAAUAGUUCCUGUACGAACUAACUUUUAAAUGCUCAAUCUUUUAAGUUAUUCUUGUGUAUGAUAUAGCGAAUAAAGGGUUCCAUGAGCAAAGUUUGAAACUGGGUAAUCGUGGAGACCAGCUGUCGGCCGUUUGUCGGCCGUCAGGUUUUGGACAAAGCAAAGACCCGUUUGUCCAGUUCGAUUCUCCUUCCCAGAUCCCAGCAUUAACAAAAGGACGAGAGUGACAUUCGAUGAAGAGUAUUCGGUUUAAGUUGUCAAUCUUACGGACGGCAAAGAAAUGUGCAAAGAUUUAGAACGACCGUGCACAGCUCAUUAAACCUUUUGUUUGG